AUGCUACUUCAACCACGCACGUUCUCUUUGUACCUUCUGGCGGUCCUCAGCGGAUUAGGGAGAAGCCGGGCCGAUGCUACGGCAAACUCGACUUGCGAGGCAAUCGCAAAGGCAGUCUCCCUUCAAUCCGACGUCUACUAUCCAGGGACAUCUCAAUACACCGCAGACAUCAAGCACUGGGUGGAGUCCAGCACACAAGAGGCGGCAUGCUCUGUUGAGCCUGGAAGCGUUCAGGACGUUUCGACAAUUCUGGAAAUUCUGGGCGAUACCCGAACACCAUUUGCAGUCAAAGGAGGUGGCCAUGCCUUCAAUCUGGGUUUCUCCUCUACAACUGGUGUCCAAAUCGCCAUGACUCGCUUCUCGAACUUGACCUAUGAUGAAGAUAAGCAAACAGCAGAAAUCGGCCCAGGAUUGAUCUGGCAAGAGGUAUAUGAGCGCCUCGCGCCAUUCAACGUCACAGUUGUCGGUGGAAGGGUUCCAACCGUUGGUGUUGCUGGUUUUACACUUGGAGGGGGACUUUCCUUUAAGUCUAGUCAAUACGGACUAGCGAUUGAUACUGUGCAAGCCUUCGAGCUAGUACUGCCGAAUGGAACUGUCACCACAGUAACAGCCGAUAACGAAGACCUUUUCUUCGGAUUGAAGGGCGGAUUCAAUAAUUUUGGAAUUGUGACCAAAUUCACAUUCAGAACAUUCCCGCAAGGCAAGAUUUGGGUAGGCAGUGUGGUGGUUCCAGAACAAGGGCUGGAUGCCUUGAAUACCGCCGUUGCCGAACUUGCAGCUGACUGCACGGACCCAAAGGUGGCGCUCAACGUUCAGUACACAUAUGCAGCAGGCGUGCUAUCAGCAACUGCCACAAUAUUCUAUGACGCGCCCACACAACCCGCAGGUAUAUUCGAUGAAUUGCUUUCUGUCCCUGGAAGUUUCGUCAAUGUGUCCACGACGGACUUCCUGUCAUUUAUCUCCGGUGUCGUUCCCUCCUUCGGUGGAAGUCGCAUAGAUUUCGGUGAUGCACCGGUGGAAGCCUACUCGCCUACACUCCUGAGCGCUAUAGUGAACGAAACAUCUUUUUGGGGCCAGGCUCUUACUCCUCAUUCCGGCUCUUUGAUCAUGCAUAUUGUGGAGGUCUUCCUCCCAUCGUACUUCUCACACGGCGCAGCAUCCGCCUAUCCUCCUAACCGUUCCGCCUUCAGCGAGCCUAUCAACUUGUACUUCGCAUGGAAUGAUCCGCAGGCUGACAACAUCAUGCACGAUGCAGUUGGACAAAGUACAAAUGAGCUGAAGGCCGCGGCUAUCGCAGACGGUCAAAACAUUGUAGACACGCCGCUUUACCCCAACUACGCGCCUCAUGAUACACCUUUGAAGCUGCUGUAUGGAAGCAACGUGGACAGGCUACAGGGGAUCAAGAGGGCGAUCGAUCCGGACAAUGUCAUGGGGUUGGCCGGAGGAUUCAAGUUUUAA